AUGACAGCUCGCCAAUAUAUUCCAACAGGCUCCGUAUUAAUACCUAUUGAUUUAACUCUCAAAAUCCAUGCUCUUCUCGAUGCAACAUCUUCAAUAUCAACUUCAAGAAAAAGAAAUCGACCAAUUUCAGCAACAUUUACAACAUAUGACCGUCGUAAGACUACUGUUGAUCUCAAUGUAUGCAGACCAUUAUUAACAUCACAUAAUAGACAAAUAUCAAAAGAGAAAGAACAAGCAAAUAUUGAAGAUUUAAUUAUUAUUUGGCUUGAUCAAAAUAUUAAUCAUAUGGAAGAAAAUAUUUCGAAAAGAAAAAAUCAUCUAAGUCAAAUAAUUAAUUGCUUGAAAACUUUCAAUGAUACUAAUCAAUGUCUUGAUUAUAUUAAAAGUAUUAAAGAAGAAAAAAUCUUUUUGAUCUCGUCUGGUUUAUUGGGAAAGACUAUUAUCAAUGAAUUGAAUAAUUAUCUUCAAAUCUUCUCUAUUUACAUAUUUUGUUCUAAUGAACGUGAACAUGAAAUUUGGUCGAAAAAUCAUUCAAAAAUUAUGGGUAUUUUUACCGCUGAACAUGAACUAGUUACACAAAUAACAAAAGAUGUUUCAUCAUUUUUUCGAAAUGAUCUUGUAGUAAGUGUGAUUAAUUCAGUCGAUACAAGUGAAAGAUCUACUCAAGAUUUGACAAACGAUCAAGUCAAAUUUAUGUGGUCACAAAUACUAAUCGAAAUAUUAGUUCGUUUACCUCAAACGACACGAUCAAAAGAUGAAUUAAUUCAAGAAUGUCGACGACAUUAUCAAAAUAAUAAUUAUCAACAAAAAAAAAUAACGGAAUUCGAAAAAACUUAUAAUUCAUCUAAUGUUCUUUCAUGGUAUACUCGAGAUAGUUUCCUGUAUCGUAUUGUAAAUAAAGCUUUACGAACACAAAAUAUACUAUAUAUAUUUAAAUGUCGAUUUUUCAUUAUUGAUAUGUAUCAACAAUUGACAAAGAUUCAUCGAAAAUUCUUAAAAACAUCAAAAGAAAAAGUCAUAACAGUUUAUCGAGGACAAUUGAUGGCAGCAGACGAAUUUACUAAACUUAAAAAUAAUAUAAAUGGUUUCAUUUCGAUUAACACCUUCUUUUCCACUAGUUAUUCAAGUACAGUAGCUUUUGAAUUUGCCGGUGAUGGAUCUCGACGUCCAACGUUUGAAUCGGUAUAUUUUGAAAUAGAACUAUCUUUGAAUAUUAGUGCACUACGGUUUGCUAAUAUGAACACUGUUAGUCAGUUUGGAUCGGAAAAUGAACUUCUUCUCUGUAUGGGAACUGUCUUUCGUAUUGAAACUAUAGAACUAUUGAAUGAUUUCGUCUGGUACGUUAAAUUAGUUUUAGUUAGUGAACAUGAAAUGGCAAAAUUAGAUCAUCUGAAACAAUAUUUAAUGAAAGAGGUUAAUAAUGCUUCAGGUUAUUUAGCAUUAGGAAAAAUUUUACAAGACAUGGGUGAAUAUGAUAAAGUACAAACUUAUUAUGAAUUAUUAUUAGCCGAACUUCCAUCGAAUCAUCGUGAUAUACCAGCAAUUUAUAGUGGUUUAGGAUCAGCUAUACUGUCAAUGCAAAAAAAUUCAAAACUUGCAUUAAAUUAUUUAAGAAAAUCGCUUACAUUACAACUCGAAGCAUUUCCAAAUAAUAUUCUUCUAUUCACUCAAACUCUCAAUUGUAUUGCUGCUAUUUAUGCUGAACGUCGAAAAUUUAAAUUAGGAUUGAUUUUAUACCGAUUUAUCUUAGAAAUACUAGAUUGUAUUCAAGUAGAAGCAAAAAAUACUCAAAUUCUUAAGAAACGAGCUGAAAUAUGUAAUAAUAUUGGAUAUAUUUAUUCAAAAAUUGGUCAACUAUCCUUAUCAUUGAAAUAUUACAAAAUUUCAUUGGCAAUCGAUAAAAAAGUUCUACCUUCUAAUCAUCCAAGCAUUGCUUUAUCACUCAACAAUAUUGGAACACUUUACUUGAAAAAAUUCAACUCUAAAACUGCGGAAAAAUAUUUGCAGGAAGCAAAUGCUAUUCGACAAGAAUCUCUACCAUUUGAAUAUCAUCCAGAUCUUGCACAAAUGUAUAAUAAUCUCGGAACGGCGGAGUAUCAUCGAGCGAAUUUCGACAAAGCAUUAGUUCAUUUUGAAAAAGCACUAGAAAUUCAAUUGAAAUGUUUGCCUCCUGUUCAUCCUCAUAUAGCUAUGCUUUAUAAUAGCAUAGGCAAUAUCUAUUUCGAAAAAAAAGAUUAUCAAACAGCCCUUAAAAUGUAUGAAAACUCCUUGAAAAUUGGUCAACAAUGCUGGCCACCGUUUCAUCCUGAAAUAGGCGAAGCUCAUGGAAAUAUUGGUUCUGCUUGUCGAUGUUUGGGAAAUUAUGAGAGAGCACUAAGUAGCUGUGAGAAAGCAUUAGAAAUUGCAUUGAAAUCCUUACCUUCAACUCAUUCAGAUCUAGCAGAAGCUUACCGAGCUAUUGGGCGAGUGUACCACGAUACUAACAAUCAUCCAAUGGCUAUGUCAAACUUCCAGAAAGCGAUGAAUAUUUACAUCAAAAACCCACCCAUAAAUCAAGGUUACCUGAGCACGUUGUAUGAAGAACUUGGUAGCGAAUAUUAUGAUCAAAACUACUACCAAGAGGCACUUCGAUGUUUACAGAAAGCAUUAAACAUAUAUCAGGCUAACAAAGAAGAGGAAUCUUCACUUACGAUAUUGUAUUAUCAUCUUGGAAAAGCAUAUUAUCAAAACGGCGAAUAUAAAAAUGCUCUAUUGUAUUAUAAUAAAUGUCUUCAUAUUGAAUUGACAACUACACCAAAAUCCAAUUUCCAAAGUCUUUCGCAAACAUACAAUGCCAUCGGAGAAACCUAUCAAAAGUUGAACGAUAAACAAAUGGCAUUAAACAACUAUACAAAAGCACUUAAUACUAUUCUACAAGAUGAGUCAUUAUCGAUAUGUAUUGACAGUACAAAUCUUAUUGAAAAAUAUCAAAAGAAUAUUCAAAUAGUUAAAACUCUAAUAUAA